UUUUCCGUUUGGCAACACACACAGCAGUGGUUGUUUUCUGGUGGCGGGGAAAAAGUACGAGUAACAAACGGUUCAGCUGAUGGUCUCUUGGAUUUUACAGAAACAGACAGCUAAUUAAUUUGACAUUAAUAUGGCCCCAGUGAAAAUUAAACACGUCGUUUCAUUCACGUCACAGGACCCCAAGAACUGUGUGGAGAACCUAUGUGUUGUGGGUGGAGACAGCAGGUCGUGGCUGUGCAACCCCCAAGACCGAAGUGGAGUCCUCAGAGCAGAACUGCAGCUGGAGCGAGCCUCAUACUUUGGAUACAUCGAUGUGGGGAACUGUGGAUCUGCGUUCAUUCAGAUUGAUGUCGGCCGGUCCUCUUGGCCCCUGGACCAGCCCUAUAUCACCCUGUUGCCAACAGCAACACUGAUGAGUCCAGCAGAAUCGCGACAGGGCACUGGGCUGACAGGAGUGAGAAUGUUCAAGAAAGGUGAUUUCCUGUCAGAAGGUGCAGAGGACAGCUGGGACCGGGUGAGAGUAACCUGCACCCAGCCUUUUAACAAGCGCUCUCAGUUUGGCCUGUCCUUCCUGCGCAUCCGCAGCCCCCUGGAGGAGAGCGAGGAGGGCUCCACACAGACUUUCAAAGAGAACCAGGGUCAGACAACCCCAGACAAAUCAGCAUCAGGCGUGAGAGAAUGGCUGUCGAGCCCUGCUGUGCAGAGAACCUUCUUUGGGGGAGCGAAAGGGGAGGGUGUGGUUCUGAGCCGGACAGCUCGUAUGGUCCUCACAGCGUCCCAGGCUGCCAGGCGUUCCCUUUCCCUUCCUUCCACUUCCUUGUCUCCCAGUCACACAUCAUCCUCUGGCACUCAGAAUACAGAAACCUCUUCCCCUCCCACAGCCAAGCCAGAUGCAACUACUCAUAUCCCCAACCAGGGAAAGCCAGGGGCUCAUACAGCUACACACAACAAAGGCAAGCCAGUUGGAAAUAUGGGAAAUAUACACCCUCACACAGCUUCAAUGGCUUGUUUAAGCACAGUUCGCAGCUCCAAGGAAAAUACUUCUCAAAGACAGCUGAAGAGAAAACCGAACUCCAAAAGCAGGCAGAACCAGCUGAAUGGCACCACCUCCAGUAAGCACGGAAAACCUGCAGUCUGUAAGAGGCCAAUAGCUACUCUACAACACACUGCCACAGUCCCUCAUCCUCACCCAUCUCCAGAGCCUCAGGACACUGGUGACCUUGAGACCACAUGCCCAAUAUGCGGAGUGUUCUUUACUGAAGAGUAUCUGCCGCUCCACGCCGCCUCCUGCCAGCAGGUGGCGACCAGGAAGCUCCCUGGGGGGAUUGUGACCCCUGUUCCACGCCCCUUCCCUGUCUCUCCCGCCAGCCUAGAGGAGUCCAUGGUGCCCUGCCCUCUCUGCUCCUUCAAGUUCUCUCUGUCCCACAUCCAGAUGCACGCCAGCACCUGUGGAGACCCCGUGGACCCCCAUGUUAUCUGGGUGGACUAGGAAAGAAUGCAUUGUAUAGUAACACGUUUUUGCUUUUAAUCAGUGGGCAGUGCAGCAAACGUGGACAAUCUUUUGUUUUUAAUAUACUGUAUGUAUAUUUGUAUUUUACUGACUUGUUCUGUAGCUAUAUAUACCUGGACAAAUAAUGAAUCUCUCUCUGCCUACCUCUAUUCACCACUCUGCUCUGAGUGAUUGGUUCUCUCCUGAGCUCAUUAAAGGCUGUUUGUUAUUGCACUGUUUACACAUGCUAUGUGCUAAUGAUGACCUAUAAUAUAUUGUAUACUAUAAACAGCGUCAUUCAUAGACUGUUCAGUUCAUCUUUUUUCGGAAGUUAUCACAUAAUUGAAAUGAUCAAUUAAAUUAACUGUGAUUUAUAUUGUA